GAAUCAUUUCUCAAUAUUUUUAAAUUAAUUUUCUUGAAUGUCGAAAUCAAAUAAAGAUCCGAAGCAGAAAAAUGUGGAGUCAGGUGUCAAGUUGUUUGAGGAAAAGUCCAGAAAAUCCGUUCCAGCGAAUAGAAGUCCUACUCGUCAAAAAUCGAUAAACAAAUCUCUGUUAUCACUUGAUAAAACGCAAGAAUUCUCUGAAACCUCUCAAAAAUUGAAAAUCGACGGAGAAAAUAGAAGUGAAAAUCAUCGAAACGCAGUGAUUCUGUCUGGAUAUUCAUCGAGAAGAGUACAGUACAAAAAAAACGAGCUUGAAGAAGGAGCUGUGAAUGUCGAUGCAGACGUAGUGAAGAAUGAUAGAACACUGAGAGAUGAGGAUUGGUUUUUGGAGAAAAUUGAAAAAUGCAGAGCCAAAAAACUGCAGCGAAUCUGUGUAUGUCCAUUGCCACGUUGCUACCGUAUCACUGACGCAUUUGACAGAUUUAAAGGUACAUGGCAUCGUGUUAAACAUGUCGUGUUUGUCGCCUGCUGUCCACCGUGCUGCUGUAUUAUUCAGAGAUCCGCAUUCUGGCCACCCCGUCGUGAAUAUUAUUUCUUCAAACCUCCACCAGAUGACGUCAUAAUUGAGGUGAACGAUGAAGCCGAGGCAAUUCUUAUGCAAAACCGAAAAAAGAAAUUGAAAAAGUUGAAAAAAGCAAAGAAAUGUGUAAUUGGAGAAUAUUAUCAAUUUGGAUUGAGUCAUCCGUGUGCUGAUGACGUCAAAUAUGUUCGAGGUUUUGUGUUGAAGACGAAGAAUAAAAAUAAAAUAGGAUGUGUGUAUGUAGGAUGUCCAGAUGGUUUUGCACCUCGUUUCACUCUUCUAUAUUCUCAUCCAAAUGGCUCAGAUCUAUCGGAUCAUUUAAUUGGAAUUCCAUCACUGAUUGACAUUGCAAGAUUCUAUCGAUGUGAAGUUUAUAGUUAUGAUUACACUGGUUACGGUAUUAGUGGAGGUAUUGCAAGUGAAUCCAAUCUGUAUUCUGAUAUUCAAGCUAUUUACGAGCACAUAACCCUUGAAAAACGUGUGGAUCCAAAAAAGAUAGUGCUCCUCGGCUAUUCCAUUGGCUCAGCUGCAACCAUAGAACUACUACGUCAUGAACAGGACCAAAAGCCCGCCGGAGUAAUACUUCAAGCUCCGCCCACAUCGAUAUUAAGAGUAAUUGGUGGAAUGAUGGGAAGGACGAAACAUUUGGAGAAAAAGACGUGUUGUAUCGAUCGAUUUGUGACUAUUGAUAAGAUUCACGAAAUUCAAAUUCCAAUUCUUGUUAUUCAUGGGAAAGCGGACAAAACGGUGCCAGUUGAACACGGAAAAUUGAUUUGUCAACGGGCAAUUACAAAGGUGGCUCCAGAAUGGGUUCCAGGAGCGGCUCACGACAAUGUUGAGAACUGUAGAGAGGUUUGGAGAAGAGUUCGGAGAUUUGUCAAAGUAGAACUCAACUUGAAGUGACGAAUUGAACCUUUUGAUCGAUUUUUAUGAUUCACUACAAAUAAAUUUUCGUAAAUCGAA